UGUAUUACCCUUUUUUUUUGACAUUUAAAAAAAUAUUUAAUUAAUACUAAUUGAAAAUUUUAAGUUUUAUUAUUAAUAAUUGUAUGUCUUUAUAAGUAUAAAGUAAUUCCCAUAAAAUUUAAUUUUGUUGUUUUUAUCUUGUAUCAAUUAACUCAAAGUCAAUAUGCCUCUGUCGUGUCGCUUUUACGCAGAGCGUUAUCCUGAAAUUGAUGAUGUAGUCAUGGUCAAUGUACGCAGUAUUGAAGAAAUGGGGGCAUAUGUGCACCUUUUAGAAUAUAACAAUAUUGAAGGUAUGAUAUUGUUAUCGGAAUUGUCUAGGCGACGUAUAAGAUCUAUUAACAAACUCAUUCGUAUCGGCAAGACUGAGCCUGUUGUUGUCAUUCGUGUAGAUAAAGAAAAAGGUUAUAUUGAUUUAAGUAAGAGAAGAGUAUCACCCGAAGACAUAGAAAAAUGUACAGAAAGAUUUGCCAAAGCUAAAGCUGUUAAUUCUAUUUUAAGACAUGUUGCUGAACUUUUAAAUUUUGAAUCAGAUACUCAAUUUGAAGAACUUUAUCACAAAACUGCUUGGUUUUAUGAGGAAAGAACUAAAAAGAAGUCUUCUGCUUAUGAUUUUUUUAAGCAAGCUGUACAAGAUCCCUCAAUUUUGGCAGAAUGUGGUCUAGAUGAAAAUACUCAAAAUGUUUUAUUGAACAACAUAAAACGUAAAUUAACUUCUCAAGCUGUUAAAAUUAGAGCCGAUAUUGAAGUAGCAUGUUAUGGAUAUGAAGGAAUUGAUGCAGUAAAAACUGCUUUAAAAGCAGGUUUAGCAUGCUCGACUGAAGACCUUCCUAUUAAAAUUAAUCUUAUUGCUCCUCCAUUGUAUGUCAUGACAACUGCCACACCUGAGAAAACUGAUGGUUUAAAAGCCUUACAAACAGCAAUUGAAGCUAUUGAUAAGACAAUACAAGAACUUGGAGGUGUUUUCAAAAUACAAAUGCCGCCCAAAGUUGUUACAGCCAGCGAUGAAGCAGAUUUGGUUAGACAAAUGGAAAAAGCUGAAUUGGAAAAUGCUGAGGUUGCUGGUGAUGAUGAUGAAGAAGAUGAAGAAGGAAUGCAAAAUGGAAAUGUAGAUGGUGAAAAUGAUGAUGAAGUGGAUGAUGAAGAAGAAUAAAUUAAUCAUAAAAAUUAAUAUUGAUUUCACAAUACUUGGUUAUAUAUACUUUUAAUAUAUUUCCUUUAGGAUUUCUUAAUA